GCCUUCUGGCUCUGGAUUGUGAUCUUGGUUUUCUUUCUUUUUCCAGCACAACUCCUCUUUCCUUCUCUCUUCUUUCUGGUUUGGGAUUGGGUAAAAAUUCUUGUGCUUUUUCUUCUUUUUUUACUGGUGCAAGAGAGGUAAAAAAAAAAAACAGACUGAUGAUGAUGAUGAUAGGAGGUUAAAAAAACCUGCUUCAAAUUCUUCCUUUCAUGGAAACUAAACAAAACAUUUGAGAAAAAAAGACUUAAAAAAGAUACAAAACCCUCCACAUUAAACCCAAGUUUAAAAAAAAACAAAAAAGGGAAAUUUUUUAGUAAAUUCUGCUGAAUUAUGAAGAGAACUAGAAGUUCAGAUUCACUGGGUGCUCUCAUUUCCAUACAAGAGGAACACAGUCCAAGAAACAACAACAACAUAUACAGCAACAGAGAUUACCAAUCUAUGAUGUUAGAGAGUCUUGUUGAUGAAGAAGGUUGCAUAGAAGAAAUCGGGCACAUACCGGAAAAGAAACGGAGGUUAAGUGUGGAUCAAGUCAAGGCUUUAGAGAGGAACUUUGAGGUUGAGAACAAGCUUGAACCAGAGAGAAAAGUGCAGCUUGCUCAAGAACUUGGUCUGAAACCUAGACAGGUUGCUGUUUGGUUUCAGAAUCGUAGAGCUAGGUGGAAGACUAAGCAAUUGGAGAGAGAUUAUGGUGUUCUUAAAUCUAGUUUUGAUAAUCUGAAACAGAAUUUUGAGUCACUUCAACAUGACAAGGAUGCACUCCUCAAAGAGAUCAAAGAGCUGAAAUCAAAGCUAGGCGAAGAUAGAGUCUCAAAAGAAGAAGAAGCUUUGCUGUUUGAAUCUGAGAACAUCAACAUGAACGACGACGACGAAGACGACAUUGAACCGAUCACCCCACCUGCAGAAUCACUGAGUGGCGGCGGCGGUGGUGGUGGUGACGGCGGUGGUGGAUCGGAAAAUGCAAAGUUGUUGAAAGUCCAAAACAUGUUUGCCAAAUUCAAAGACGGUGGCCCUUCUGAUAGCGACUCUAGCGCAAUUUUGAACGAUGACAAUAAUAAUAGCAACAGUCCAAAUGCUUCAAACUCUUCUAGUGAACCCAUUUUCCAGAAUCAUCAACAACAACAGCAACAACAACAACAACAACAUCAUCAACAACAACAACAGCUAUUGAUGUCGCCUUCUUCAUCCUCCUUCAGAUUCAACAGUUCUUCACCAUCUCCACCAUCAAUCAACUGUUUCGAUUUCUCGAGAUUAGACGAAAUGCGGACAACCCAGAAUCACAACAACAACAACAACAACAACAACAACAACAACAACAACAACAACAACAACAACAACAACAACAACAACAACAACAACAACAACAGCAACAACAACAGCAACAACAGUAAUAAUGUGUAUCACCCGCAGUUUGUGAAGAUUGAAGAACACAAUUUCUUCAGUGGAGAAGAAGCAUGUAAUUUCUUCUCAGAAGAACAAGCUCCAUCACUUCACUGGUACUGCCCAGAUCAGUGGACUUAAUCAAUUUCCCAAAACACCCCUGAAAGUGAGAUGAUAAGAUGAAGAUGAUGAUUAAAAAAAAUUGAUGAAAUUCAUGGCUUUGGGAAGAUAAAAUGAGAAGGGGAUCGAGUUGAUUUGUCUGUCACUGAACUCAAUAAAAAAAAACAUCCUGCAAUUAAUUGUACAGAGUUUAAGUUCCCAAUACACUGAAUGAUUUCUGGUGUUUGGAAGCAAGAAAAAUGGAGGGGACGAGACCCUGUGGGGAGGUUAUGGGAGGAGAGAGAAAGAUGACGUCAGUUGAGAUGACAUGGCAAAUUAAUGAAUGGAAUUAUUAGGCAGUAAUUGGGGGAGAGUAGUUUCUUUCUCUCUCUACUGUAAAAACAUGAAAUUAAAUAAUAAUAUUAUUAUUACCAAUUUGCAUGAACAGGAUAAAUAAAUCCUGUUUUAUGCAGAUAAUAAUGAUAGGUUUUUGUUGAUCCAA